UGGGGACGCGGAGCCAGGAACUCAGUGAAAAAAAGCCUUAAUGUAUAGCUUUUCUGAUUUUUCCCCCCACUCAGUUCUGAUAGGGGAGCACGCCGGGAUUAUCGUCAAUAGCACCGGUCACUCAACAGGUCACUUUUGCAGGCCGGUGUAAAAAGAACUGGACACCCUGGCUUUUCCGGCACCCGCUUCUCUGCAGUGUUUGCCUGGCCUGGUCGGAAUCAGGAGCACGGGUGGGGGGCAUGCCCCGUUCUCCUGCGUCCCUGCGCACUCCCACAGAGGCAGGCGCUCUCCAGAAUCCCGCGGCCGGACUUGAGUGCUGGGCUUUCCUUGGAGCCAGGUGUGGCCUGAGUUCGUUCUAGCUUCAAAUGGCUUUCUGCUUCUCCACUGAAUGACCCCAUAAGGAAAACCUGACCAGUUCUUGAACUCUGCAAUCAUUGGCUCAUGAUUGGUGAUAUUCAGAGAUUGUGACUGUAGACUUUUCUCAGAAGAGUGGGAAUGCCUGAAACUCCUACCAGAGAAAUUUGUACAGAGAUGUGAUCUUAGGAACUAUAGCAACUUGGUGUCAGUGGGAUGUUCCAUUUCUAAGCCAGAUGUGAUUACCCUAUUAGAGCAAGGGAAAGAACCUUGGAUGGUUAUGAGGAUGAAAAAAAUAAAUGGAGGCCAGAUUUGGAAUCCAAAAUAUUUCAAAAGGAUAUUUAUGAAAUGAAUUUGUCACAGUGGGAUAUAAUGGAAAACAUUAGAAGUUAUAGCCUGGAAGCCUUCUUUUUCAGAAAAAAAUGUGAAUAUAAAAUUUUUGAGGGCCAAAAAGGUCUUCAGAAGGGAUAUUUCAGGCAAGUGAAAAAAAACACUUCUGAAAAAAGGCCCACUUGCAGAAAACUUAAAUCUCUGACUUUAUAUGAGAGAAUUCAUAAUAGAGAGAAACCUUAUGAAUGUGGGGAAUGUGGAAAGGCUUUUAGAGUACGCCAACAACUUACUUUCCAUCAGAGGAUUCAUACUGGUGAGAAACCCUAUGAAUGUAAAGAAUGUGGUAAAGCCUUUAGACAGUGUGCCCACCUUAGUCGACAUCAGAGAAUUCAUACUUCUGACAAACUCCUUGAAUGUAAAAAAUGUGGAAAGAUCUUUACAUGUAGUGCAGAUCUUCGAGUACAUCAGAGAAUUCAUAUUGGUGAGAAGCCCUAUGAAUGUAAAGAAUGUGGGAAGUCCUUUAGAGUACGUGGACAACUUAAUCUCCAUCAGAGGAUUCAUACUGGUGAGAAACCCUAUGAAUGUAAGGAAUGUGGAAAGACCUUUAGACAGUAUGCACACCUUACUCGACAUCAAAGACUUAAUGUUGCUGAGAAGUGCUAUGAAUGUAAGGAAUGUGGGCAGGCUUUUCUGUGUAGUACAGGCCUUAGAAUACAUCACAAACUUCAUACUGGUGAAAAACCUUAUGAAUGUAAGGAUUGUGGGAAGGCAUUUAGAGUAAGGCAACAGCUUACUCUCCAUCACAGAAUUCAUACUGGUGAGAAACCCUAUGAUUGUAAAGACUGUGGGAAGACUUUUAGCCGUGGCUAUCAUCUAACUCUCCAUCAGAGAAUUCAUACUGGAGAGAAACCUUAUGAAUGUAAGGAAUGUCAGAAGUUUUUUCGUCGUUACUCAGAACUUAUUUCACAUCAGGGUAUUCAUAUUGGAGAGAAACCCUAUGAUUGUAAGGAAUGUGGGAAAGCAUUUAGACUAUUCUCACAACUUACUCAACAUCAGAGUAUUCAUUUUGGUGAGAAACCUUAUAAGUGUAAGGAAUGUGAGAAGACUUUUAGACUGUUCUCACAACUUACUCAACAUCAGAGUAUUCAUACUGGUGAGAAACCCUAUGACUGUAAGGAAUGUGGAAAGGCCUUUAGACUCCACUCAUCACUUAUUCAACAUCAGAGGAUUCAUUCUGGUGAGAAACCAUACAAUUGUAAAGAAUGUAUGAAGGCGUUCAGACAACACUCCCACCUUACUUACCAUCAGCGAAUUCAUAAUGUCACUAAAUAAUUAUAAGAAAGUCUUCCAUUGUGAAUAUUAUGUUAGGGAACUUUAGUAAAAAAAUUCUAAAGGAAAGUUUUUGAAUGUAAGAAUUCCUUUUACUUCAUGCUCACAGCUGACUUAAGAGGUUUUAUUUUGAAGGAAGGAUAUGCCCAUGAAAUGAGGAAGCUGUUCAUCACCAUUUAAAUGACAUUAAAUUUUAAGAAACUUAUUCUAGAAAGAAAAUCUCUUAAAGGAGUGAAUGUGGGAAAGACGUUGAUGUGGUAAUGUUCUCUAGUAGAGAAUUUUGCAACAUGAAAUGAAUGGAACUAGGCAGGAUUCUCAGUCGAGGUUAAGAACACUAGGUGAAAUGUUGAUAGGAACUUCGUUGUGAGUAGGUAGGUCAGGCUGACAUCUGAACCUACUGACUAAUUUAACCUCAUCAAAAAUAUGACAAAAUAUCUUAAUGAGGUAAAAUAAGACAUCUUGUCAAAAAAUAUUGAAACAAUCUAAGUAAGCAUCAAGAUCUAACUCCCAGUUUACAGAAAAUUCAGGGAGUGGAAGAACAAAUUACAUGAUGCAAAAAGAAGCAUUUAGAUCUAAAAUAUGGGUAAUUCUAUAAGGGGGAUUACCUGGCUUCUCAACCAAUAAAAUGGCACUGAAAAAAAAUGAAAGUGGAAUUGCUUAGAUAUUAAGAGCCUUAAGAGGUGUAUGAACCAAAUGUAGUUAACAUUAAGAAAUUACAUUUUUGUUGAAUGAUUAAUAGCACUGUGUUUAUGUAAAAAUGGCUGACGUUUAUAUAAACAAGAUGAUACAGUGUCUGGAAUUUUCUUUAAAAUGUUCACAGAAAAGAGGGUGAAUAACAAGUUUGUCAAAAUGGUGGUAAGAUGAGUGUCUUGGGUACACAGUUAUUGUGUAUUUGGUUUUUGCUAUUUUCUCUAUUUUUAUGUAUUUAAAAUGUUCUAUAGUGUUUUUAAAAGGUAAAAUUAUGCAGUGUUAUUACCAAUUUGAAGUGAAUUUUUUUAGUGAAUGACUUUUUUAAAUGCCUAUAUAUUAGAACUUGUGGAUAUUGCCAAAGCUCUAAGCAGUGGGAUAUUAAAUAUGCUAUAAUGUAUUUAGGAAAUUAAAGAAUGAGAGUCCAGAUUUUAACUUAUUACUCUAUCUGUUACAGUUCCUGUCCCAUCAUACUUCAUACAUAUCAUAUUUUUAAAGAAUGAGUAAAAGCAAUUAAAUGUGGAGAUUGAUGGAAUAGACAUUGCUAGCAAUGUGAAGACCACUCAAAAUUGAGCUACUAAAAACUUGAAGUGUAACUAGUUCAAAUUAAAAUGUUAAGUGUAAAGUACACAUGGGGUCUUGAAAACUUACUUAAAAAGAAUGUAAUAUAUCAAUUUCUCACAGCAUUUAUCUGCUGUGAUGUGGAAGCAGUGAUACAUUCAGUGGAUAACAUUGUUAUAUAAUACAGAAUCCAAUUUAAGUGUGUUUCUACUUCCAAGUAGCACAUUUUUAUACUGAGGUCUUCUUGGCUCUACCCUGAGUCAUGCUGGGAUUUUUUUUAUUCCUCCAUAAACAGUGGCUUGUGUGUACAGCUGAAUAGUUUGCUUAGAUUAUUUUUAGCCUGUAGACAUUUUGGGAUCCAAAGACCCUCUCUCACUUUGUACUCUUUCUGUCUUGUUCAACUUUGUAAUCCUUCAAGUAGUACAGUUCUCUUAAAAACUAUUUUAUGUGUGUUAUUAGGGUUCAUUCAAUUAGACAAAGGAUCAAUAUGAUCUUCUUUGUAUGGGGUUCACUGUGAGGCUGCUGUGAAAAAAUAACUUUAAAAUUAUUAGAAGGCCUGCUAUCUCACAGAAAGGGUAAAAGUUGGCUUCAUGUUUACCCUAAGGCUGCAUUUUCAUGCAGAACCAUAUAGUUGAUUGUUUUUCCUCUCUCGGGGUUUUUAUACCUCUGAGGACAUUUUGUUACCUGGAAACAGUCAUAGAACCUGCUAUAUUUCCCUGAAAUUGUAUUUAAAAUAUGUACAAAUUUCUAUAACAAAUAUAAUGUGUGUGGGGUUUUUUACUCUCUUAUUUUGAUGGAUUACCUUCAUAGAUUUUCAAAUAUUUAUCAAGUCUGGAAUAAAGUCCAUGUGUUUAUAAUUUAUACUGUUGACCCUUGAAUGCAGGUACAGGAAGCUGAUCUAUUAGCUGAAAAUUUGUGUAUAACUUUUGACUCCAUCAAAACUUAACUAUUAUUAGCCUACUACUAAUAGUCAGUCAUACUGAAAGUAUAAACAGUUGAUUAAUGUAUAUUAUGGAUGUUACAUGUGUUAUAUACUAUAUUCAAUGGAUCUCAGCCAGAGGAAAAAUGUUAAUACCAUAAGGAAAAUACAUUUACAGUACUAUGCUGUAUUUAGUGAUACCAUAAAUUUACAUCAUCUGCAAGAUGAAUUGUCAGUACAUACCUAAGUACCGUCUUGUAUGAUACAAAACAAUGUAGAUGUUACACGUAUCACUACAUAUUAAAAAUAAAAAGAUGUGAAAAAUCCAUUUAUUUAUAGGUAUAACUGUGAUGACAAAGAAGCAGCAAUAUGAUUCUUUCAUGGCAGCCUAGCCUAUACAUUAAUGAGUCAUAAAAUUUUUAUGGCAUACAACAUUAGCCAUAUUUAUAAUACAUUAUUGGAAAUGUUACAUUAUUUAAAGGCCACCUAUCUGUGAUGGGCUAAUACAGUUUCUCCAAUUAUGAGAAGUACUGCACAAUAAUGUAAUUCACAGAGAGCAAAGUUAGAACAAUAAAAAAGCCAACAUUAAUUUUAUAAUACAGAUUAAUAACAUGCCUAUGUAAGGGAUAGGCUAUCCACUUUAAGUCUUGUUCACUAUGUUCUACAUGAUGCAUACUUAGGCAAUGAUGAUACAAAAAUGUCUCAUGAUUUCUGGUCAAGUUAGUAGAGUAGGUAAACACUGCUCACCUCUUCCCAUGACCACAUCAAAAUUCCAGCUAAACUAUGGAAUAACCAUUGAGAGCCACCUGAAGACUACCUGAGAACUCCUAUAACUAAGGAUAUAAAAAGGAAGCCACCAUAAGACUGGUAGGGGUGGAGAUAGUGAAUCAGCUAUCCCACACCCACCUGGUGUGGAGAAACCUCACUGAGGAGUGAAGCAGUUUCAGCUUCACACCUAGUUCCCCCAGCAUAGGCUUCCAGUGAGAGAAAGAGAAGUCUCUAUAACUUGCGGCUGUGAAAACCAGCAGGGAUUGUGGCUGAGUAAGAUAGAGUUUCUGGAGUCCCAGGCACUCCUCUUGAAGGGCCUGCAAUAGACUUACUGAUGGGCUUGCUCAGAGCUCCAGCAGUGGGACAGCAGUUUGAAAAGAACCAAAGACAGGAAGGGACUGAAUUGUCUGGAUUCAGGACAAUGUCUUGAAGGGCAGCUUUCUCCCCGACAAGUGCUGGCAAGGGCUAUAGUUCCUUUGUUGAGCCCUACUCUCACCCAGUCUGCAGGCUCAGGCAACACCAUGUAUAAGUCUCCAGCAACUUGGCUAAUGUUAUUGCACUUCAGUUUCCUGAGACUCCAUCCCACCAAACUUGUGAGACCACACUACUAGUGGUUUUGCCACACAACUGGCCAGUCUUGGCUCAUGCUUUGGAACUUUAUAAAAAUGCAUAGGUUUGUGCCCAACACCUCUUGCUAAGUGGCCCCAAACCUGGCACUGUGACAGUUAGUCUAGGUUUGCAGGUUAACCUCUCUCAGGCACUGGCAAGUUCAGCACAAGUGGCAACAUCUGCAAAUCACUUUAUAGCUCAUAUGAGAUGCCCCUAGGGCAACAGCUGAUAUUGUCCUGGACCAGAGCCAGUCCCAAGAGGUCCCAGAGUCAACACACUUGGUGGCCAGUUUCAGACUACAGCAGAAACCACUCAGCCACCUCCACAAAUGACAGUAGGACCAGAACCACGAUAAGUGAAUACUGCUUCAUGGGGUCAGACCUGCACAACAGAUCCUCUGCUAUUGUCAUCACCAGUUCUCAUGGCCAAUCUUCCUGAGAGUCAAUCUCUCCCAUUGACAUGCCAACAACAAUAAUGGUUCAAUUACCACAGGAAGGCACACAAAACCCACACAAAAGACACACCUGGAGCACUCAACUCGGGUGACCAGGGAGACUGCCACUGGACUCUACAGAACACCUACUACAUAAGGCUACUCUACCAAGACUGGGAGAGGUAACUGCUCUACCUGACAACAUAAGAACAAACAGAGAGUCAGCCAAAAUAAGGGGAAAAAAAUUCAAAGUGAAAGAAUUAAAUGCCAGGAAAAAAAGACUAAACAAAAUGGAGACAUGCAAUCUACCAAACGCACAGUUCAGAACACUGGUUGUCAGAAUACUAACUGAACUUAGAGGAAGAGUAGGAGAACUCAGUGAAAACUUUAACAAAUGUAACAAACAUAAUAAACAAAAUGAAGAUAGAAAAUAUUUUUUUAAUUAGUUGCAAAUGAAGAAUACACUAAAGGCACUCUCGGAUUACAUAAAGCAGAGAAUUUACCAGUGAUUUGAAAGACAAUGGUAGCAGAAAACACCCCAUUGAAACAGCAAAAGAAAAAAAAAUGAGAAUAGUUUAAGGGGCCUCUGGAACAAUAACAAGUAUACCAACAUUUACAUCAUACAGAUUUCAUAACAACAGGAGGAAUCAAGGAAUUUAAAAUCUACUUGAAAUAAUAAUGGAAAACUGCCCUUAUCUGGCAAAGGAAAUAGGCAUACAAGUUGAGGAAGUGCUGUGAAUCCCACAGAAGAUAAAUUCAAAGGCCCAAACCAAGACACUUAUUAAAUGCCAAAUAUUUAAGAGAAUCUUAACAGGGGGAAAAAGCAAUUUGUUACCUCCAAGGGAAUUUCCAUGAGACUGUCAGCUAAUUUCUCCACUGAAACUUUGCUAUUAGAAAGGACUGGCAUGAAAUGUUCAAAGUAAUGAAAAGAGAGGACCUGCAACCAAGAUUACCCCACAAGGCUAUCAUUUAGAAUCAAAGGAGAGAUAAAGAGCUUCCCAGUCAAGAAAAAGCCAAAGGAGUUGAUCACCACCAAAGCAAUGUUAACAAGAAUUUGUUAAAAUGACUUAAAAGGGGAAAAGUUAAAAAAUAUGAAUAGCAAAAUGGCAAUAACUACAUACCUAUAAAUAAUUACUUAAAAUAUAACUGGAUUAAAUGCUCCAGUAAAAAAACAAACAAACACACACACAAAAAAACCAUAGGGUGGCUAAAUAGGUAAGAAAGCAAGAUCCAUACAUAUGCUGCCUACAAGAGAUCCAGUUCAGAUAGAAAGACACAUAAUAA